AUGUUGACUGAUAUGUUGACUAUGGCAGGAUACCCUGUACAUUCAAUGGUACUUCACACUGAAUUCUUUCGCAAGUCAGUCUCACCUUACCUGGGCUUUCAUCCCUCGGCAACUGAGGCUCCUCAUGUAUGGAGGAGCUUCAUGACAGAUGAUCACACACCCGUUGAGCUCAGUUGGUGUUGGUCUGCAGCAAAGGACAUUCCAAAAGUCAGGUAUUCAGUAGAACCAAUCAGCAGAUCAGCGGCCCAGGGCGCUGAUCUGGUGAAUGCCACUGCCAAUGUCCGACUACUUGGAGAAAGCCUGUCUAUCGCCCCGGAUAUGGACUUGUAUCUACAUAGACACUUCCGGAAUCUCUUAACCUCCCGCCACAUAACCCAACAGACUGAUGCGACAUUACAACCAGGGGUCCCACAGUCGCAGUGCUUUAUUGCCUUUGACUUACUCGAGAAGGGAAUGGUAGUCAAACAGUACUACCUACCUGGCCAAACAGCAACUCGGGAGGGUUCUUCAAACUGGGAUAUUAUAAAAGAUGCUACUCAAAAACUAUCUGGGCCUGCGGUUCCCUUACUGGCGUCAUUUGAUGUGCUCGUCAGCUUCAUUGAAUCUCUUUCUGCAGAGUCGCAGCCUACGGUGGAGAUACUGGCUAUCGACUGCCUAGAUCCUAUCAAAUCGCGAUUAAAAGUUUAUAUUCGAACCAUUGAUACUACAUUCCAUAGCGUGCUGAAUAUGCUGACUCUUGGGGGUAAGGCUCCGAAGUCUGAUGAAGAAGUGGAUUCUCUACGGGAACUUUGGAUCUCCGUAUUUGGGUUGAAUCCGGACAGCUUCGAUAUGUAUCAGCCACUCCUAUUCAAGGUGCAUAGAACUGGGGGUAUGCUUUAUUACUUUGAACUGAAAGCCAAUGAAGCCCUUCCCAAAUCCAAGGUCUACCUACCGGUACGCCAUUACGCGCAGAAUGAUGAUCAGAUCGCGAAGGGCCUCUCCAACUACCUGGAACAGAGAGGAAAGAAAUUAUCCGAAGGGUCAUACUAUCAUGCAGUCCAAAAGCUAUGCAACCACCGGAAUCUUGCUGAUGGGUUAGGAUUUCAUACCUACAUAUCAUGGGCGAGCGAUCAUAACCAAUGGAAUGUGACAGCCUACUUUAACCCGGAGAUCUAUGCUAGCUACCGAUCUGAGUAG